AUGUUGAGCAACCUUAAAGAAAUAGAUCUGACAGAUUGUUGGAACUAUGAGCUCACCCUAGACUUUCUAAAUGCCAUCCCUUCACAGUUGGAACGAAUUACCGUUCCAAGCUGGGAAAGCGUAGGUUACAAACCAGAUGCAAUCAGCCAAUUUGGCGAAACACUAAGGGAACUGAGGAUUGAUGACUGGGGAACGUCAACCCUGACGGCCCUUGAUCUCGCCCAGCUUUCCCAAGACCUGCCCCAUCUUGAACAUCUCGCAAUCCGCGUUAUGUGGAAUCGAGAGAGCGAGGAGUGGCCAUUCGACCAUUUGAAAGCCAUUGCCGCGCUUCCUCGCCUCCGCAGUGCCGAGUUGUGGUUUCCACUAACCUGUGGCAAUCUCCCGCAUCUCACAUACUCAGCAGCUCACCGAACAUUUUGCUAUCUGAACGAUCGAAAUGGCGGACUGCAGCGCCUGACUCUCCACUCGGGUGUGCCGACACCAAACAGGGUUGAUCCUUUCUCCCGAGAUAUUGACAUAACGCCCUCCUGGUCUAUGCGUAACUCAGUCACCUUCGAAUGCGAAAUGGCUUACGAUUAUGACCCUGACACGGAAGAUGGACAGAAAGGCACAGCCAGCAUCUGGUGCAAAGAACUGAGUUCUGAGAUGAACGCAAAGCUCCGUGAGCUCGAUCAACAGGCAGACCGAAACAUGCCCAACGUCAUAACUCUUGACCCAGCCGGGGUGUUUCUCCGAGCGGCAUUGGACGGCCCCCUUGAUUCAGCAGAAUGGCAGGUUUGGCGUAAGGAGCAGCUGAGGUUGUACGGGCCCUUGCCUGGCAGCGUGGAUGAGUUCGCGAUGGAGAUCGAAGACUACUGGGAGCGGUUGAAUUCGCCUUUUUCUCCUAAGUGGCUCUUCAAGGACCUGCGCGAGUAUGCGCAGAAAAAAUACCCCGGUACCUUUGGGAAGAGUCGAGGGAGGAGGCGGAGGUAG